CUCACCCUAAGUGGAAGAACGCUGGAUUGACCGGUGCACGUAAGCAAAUUAUUGACGGGGUGGAUUGAUCUCUUUCCUUCACCUUGAAGGGAAUUACCACUGCAAAAGGAACCGGAACUUUGUUUUCAUAUUUGUAGAACAUCAUGCUUGCGGGAGAGGAGGAGCUGAGCAGCCCGGGAGCCGAGGACGCACCCCUUGCCGAAAGCAAAUCGCCAGUGCCUCCUACUGGGGAUGAAGCAACCACCCCAGCGACCGAGAAUGAAACAGCAGGGGAAGAGGGAGCUGCAACGGAUGGAGAGGCGCCUGCUCCGGUCCUGGACGAAAACGGCGAGCCCAUCGCAGACCCGCCCUCACCAGCUGAGGGCGACCCGUCACCGCUGGAAGGAUCUUCGUCCGCCAACGCAUCCCGCCACGCCUCCAAUGUCUCCCUCCACCGCGGAGACGUUUCCACCGAUUGGUACGACCAGCACGAAGUCGAGUUCCAGCUCGAGCAAAAGCAGAAACGUGAAAGUACCCUGACGGAGCUGCUGGACAAGACGAAAGCGCCGCUCCUGUACUACACGAAUUCGAAGAAGGAGGAGAAUGUGUUGGAGUACGUGGCGAAUUUUGAGAGGCAGUAUACGCAGUUGUUUCCGGGACGGAGGGAGUUGAUUCUAGCGCCGCCGAAUCAGUUUGGGGUUCCGAAAUUUGUGUGCACAACUGUGCGGGCGACGCACCUGCCAUAUCGGGAUCUGUACGAUUAUCGUGGAUGCGCCCGUUUUGUAGCCGAAUACCUGUCCUACGUCACCCUUCAGCCGGCGCAUGAGCUGCCCUCAAUGCUUCCAGGACCUGACUACACCCUCCAGCUCCAACAAGGCAGCGCCUUUGACUACUCCAUCCUUCUCGUCUCUCUCCUCCGCGGCGUAGGCUAUGAUGCCUACGUCGUCUCCGGCUACGCAACCCGUGCCGUAACACUAAUGGACGAAUCCCGGGUCGAGAGUUCCACGGCAGGGAUCCCACCCCCCACAGGCACCAAACCCAGCACGGAAGCGGAUACGCCGAGCGUUGCGGUGGAUCGGGCGAAUGGGGCUGAUCAGAAUAAGCCGCCGAAUAAGUAUAAGCUGAAACCGCCACGGACGUUGAAGAGCCAGUUUUUGGUGAAACAGGAUGAGAAGGCGAAGGCGAAGGCGGCGCAGGAUGCCGCGGCGGAGAGGAAGAGGUUGUUGGAGGCUAGAGCGCUGGCGGAUGAUGAUGAUGACGAGCUGAAAGGACUGCGAGUUCAUGCAUGGGUCCUCGUCCUGCCGGGAAAGCGCGAGGUUGCAGAAGCCUUCUUCAUUGAGGCGACGACUGGAGCCGUGUAUACCACCGAACACGAAAGCUACUUGGGCGUGGAAUGCGUCUUCAGCUCGGUCAACUUCUGGGUCAAUAUGCAGGUCUGCUAUGAAGGACUGAAGGGCAUAUCCUUCGACCUCGGAGACAAUGCCAAAUGGGAGUUCGUCCUCCUCGACAACGUCCAACCAGGAAGUGAUCCCAACGAUGACGCAGAAGACCAAGCAAACGAUGUCGGGUCAGACGACGGUGCAGGCGGCGGCGAGAUUUUGGAUCUACCGCCGUCGUGGGUCGAGAGAUUGAGCGUUGACAAGGAGAAGUUCGAGUCGAAGUGCCCGUCUGGGGCAAAGAUGAUCAUGUAUCGGGACGCGAGGCAUGAAGUGUACGCAGAGUAUUUCCGGAAAGACGGGAUGGUGUCGCGGACCAUCUUCUUUGCUGAUGACACCAUCGGGUUCAAUGGCGAGAUCCGGGAGAUAUUCCGGAAUAGGAGAGACAAACUCCGCGAAAGAAUCCGAAUUCCCUAUGAAGGGAGGAUUCACGAGUUCUUUGAUCCAGGCCGACCUUCGGGAAUGAAAGAGCACAUCAUUAUUGAUGAUCGAACAAAAGAGAUGCACUUCUAUGGAAGCGCGCGGUUUGAUGGGUUGGUGAAGCGAGUGGAUGAGACUAUCAAGGUUAUUGAGCACUUCACGGACCGGGAGGACAGGCUCGUUUAUCGGAGCGUCACUUUUGAUGGCGAAGAGGAUGAUGAGUCGGAGAGAGGGGCGAUCUUCAAAAUGGCGGAAAAGCUUGACAGGCAUCCAGACAUCCCGUCACAUAAGGAUGUCGCAAAGCGGAGCUACUUCCUGAAGGACGACAAGAUACGAGUGAUAUACCACCUCGAGGAAGGAAAGAUCAUUCCAUCAUCGCGAGAAUUCAAAAAACCAACCGCAGAGCAGAAGACGCACUUCAUCGAAGCAACAUCCGAGUUCGAGGUCAAUCCGUACCGUAAACCACCAAAGAAGCAAGACCUGUACAGUGAGCUGCUGGAAUUGCUUCAGGCUGAGCAAAAUUGCUUGGCGGCAAUCAAGACCUCGGAUCGGGAGGUCAACGAGAUCUUGAAUAACCGGCAAGGGGAGGAGAAGGAGGUUUUGUUGAAUAUUUCGGUGCAUGAUACGCUGAGAAAUCAGACGAAACUUCCGUCCGAGGAGAAGAAAGAAACCAGCAAGGACGAAGAGGAGUCCAACAAGACGGAUUUGGACUACCUUUCACCCUUCUUGGUCAGCUAUAGCAAUCCCAGCCACCUAGCCCGGGAGGAAUGCAUCGCAAUAAAAGACGCAUGCCUGAAAGCGUUUAAAGAGCGUUUGAUCGAAAAGGCCAACAUCAUCCAAAUCCGCCUCGAUGAAGUUACCGCUGACUACCAGCGACGCCAAUUGGCCUACAGCCGGAACGCAGACUCGAUGUCGGCUGAAGAGACCGAGGCGUAUGUCAAGUAUUGCAAUGAUGCGCUGUUCAAAAUUCAUAUCUUGGAGAAGAGGCUUGCUAAGCACAAGGAGACUGCCCCCGAGCGAUAUGUGGAGCUGGACUCCAAGCUAAAAGCGGACCCGCGUCUCUCUGCCGCAAAGGUGUCAUAAUCCGCUGCUAUUAUCUGUCGGUAAUCUAAUUCGAUGUACAUUUUCCGUGUUAUGAAAUAUAUUCGCUGCAUGACAUGCAGCA